AUGGGCAAAGACAAGGGCAGAAAACGAGAAUACAGAGCUGACUAUAUCUACGGACCCCAUGCAGCGUCGAGAGCUGCGAGAAGUGCUCUUUCUGGUGCACAGCCAAACGAUUGCGUGAGUAUUUUAACACGUCGUAUGUAUACACAACAGGUGACGCCUACGGGGAUGCUACAGUGUUCACUUUCUGACACUCGCCGAGUAUUACCCGAGCUCUGCCUCUUUGUGGACUCGUUCCUGCCAAUACCUUUUACUACAAAUAACAAUAGCAUUGUUGCUCCACCAUCAUCGCUCGUGCGACACGCUUUCCGUCAUCCAGAAGCUCAGCAGUUGAGUCGUAUUGCACAACAGAAAGGCAUCUAG